AUGGAAAACUACAUACAAAAGCGGAUUGGCCGCGACCUAGAAUAUUGUGGUAUAUCGAUCAACUACAUAGAGGACAGUGGUCCUCUUCCUUCUAGAACAGACAAGCGAGGAAAGUCAUCGGUGACCACACAGAUGCUCGCUGACCGAGACGCUCAGAUUAACGCCGAGCAGGUCUCCGGCCAAUAUUCCGUCUAG